UCGAUCGAGAGUGUUGAGAGAUCGAUCCUCGCGUGCGAGGACGACAGUUGUCAAAAGUGUGAAGUCGGACACGAAGAGGAACAAGAUAUGGUGUACGGUGGAGGAUUCGACAUGGUGGAGACGAUGCCGCAGACGGUGCCCACCGCGGCCGGCUACUCGCCGUCGUUCGACUACAGCACUUUUCAGUUCGAUUUGUCCCUUCUGCCGGACGAUUACAGCCCGACUGGCGGCGGCGGUCAGGUCUGCCUGAAGAGCUCGCAAAUCAAGCAGGAGGCAUGUUCGCCGCGCCCGGGAUCCCCCACGAUCUACCAGAGCCCGCCGUAUCCAAACGGCGAGUUGCCGUUGUCGCCAAACUACUCGCACGAGGGAUCUUCGCCGGGGUACCCGACGAGCCCCUAUUACGUACCCAGAAGCCCUCAGAGCGCCCAGUUUUAUCCCACCAGCCCGGAGCCAUCGGUUAAGCAGCCGGUCAAGAGGGAGAAGAGCCUUGAUCUUUUGGCCAUCCUUCAGGAAUCCAGACUCUUAGCCGAGAGUCUGGGUUACCGCGAGGACUCAACCGAUUGCACGGUGCCCUGUACUCCGCCUCGAAGCGAAGAGGAUAUCUAUAAUAGUCUUGACGCCGACUUCCUGCCAAAGAAGGAGGACACUGGCGUGCAGGGGCACCCGUUGCUCAAAGAGAUCCUCUUCAAGGAGGAGCCGCGAUCCGUUUCUAGCAGCAACGGUUCGUCAGCGUCCUCUUUGUCCUCUUCCUCAUCUUCGCCCAGUCCCUCGAGCGAUUUCGAGAGUAGUUCGGCGUUGCACGAGCUUCUAUUCAAGGGCGUCGUCCUUCGCAAAGACUUGACGGAGAUUGCCAAGACAAACCAGCCUAAGGUGGAACGAGAAUCGCGGGAGGAUCUGGCGAAUCCUCUGCGGAAGGAGGAGGAACUCUUCAAGGACGGUCAGAAGAGCGAUCAUCAGCUGCUGCGAGAAGUAUUGAGAGACACCAGUUUCCAGAGGAAGUACAAUCUAAGACCCGUCGAUCUCGGUGGCGUCGGCACCGGGUUCGUCGAGGACAUGGAGGCCGGCGAGUGCGUUGGCGACCUCGCCCGCGAGCAACUCGAGCCGGUCCUCAGUCUGGCCAUCCAGCAAUUGCAAAAAGAUUUCGACAACACCUGCGUAGCGCUUGGCAUUCACCCAGAGCCCAGACGCUGGAGCGCGGCGGAUGUGGCGGCUUGGGUGCAAUGGGCCAGGCGGCAAUUGCAAUUGCCUUCGGUGCCGAUGGAGAGUUUCAACGUGGACGGCGCGACGCUGGCCUCCCUCACGGAGGAGGAAUUCUGCCAGAGAGCUCCUCAGUGCGGGAGCAUGCUGCACGCGCAGUUGGAGAUCUGGAAGGCCGCCGUAGAGGAAUCACCACGAAACACUUUGGCCGCUUCCUGGAGUCCCGCCGGGGUAGUUCAGUCCCCGAACAGCGCCGUGACUCCGACAGUCGGAAACACAACGGCAGUUAGCCUCAAGGAAUCUCCCUGCGCCAUUGAUUUCUCAGAUGACGAGGACGACGAUUGCGCUUCCGCUCAGGGCGGCGGAAACAGUGGUAACGGCGGCAACGGCGGUGGCAAGAUGCGCAACGGCGGCAGUCACAUCCACCUCUGGCAGUUCCUGAAGGAGCUGCUGCAGAGUCCAGGGGUUCACGGCUCCUGCAUACGUUGGCUGGAUCGCAGCAAGGGGGUCUUCAAGAUCGAGGACUCGGUGCGCGUGGCACGGCUCUGGGGUAAGCGGAAGAAUCGACCGGCAAUGAACUACGACAAGCUCAGCCGCAGCAUCCGGCAGUACUACAAGAAGGGCAUCAUGAAGAAGACGGAGCGCAGCCAGAGACUGGUAUACCAGUUCUGCCAUCCUUAUUGUCUAUAAGGGAGAUUCCUCCGUCUCUUCUUCCGCCUUCCCUCUCCUUUUCCCGUGUUACCUUCCUCGUAUCUACAUGUCCUCUUAAUCUCUCUCCCUUUGUGCGAGUGGGCGUCCGCGAUCUGGAGCGAGUAACCUUGAGAAGAGCCCAGCACAAAGAUUGAAAGGUAAAAGAAAAAAAAAAAAAGAAACAAGAAAGUACGGAUCCGCUAUGCUCGAUAUUAUCCCGCGACGAUAACGCCGAGCCACGGCCGGGUCCACUUAAGUACGCCCGUUUUGGGCGAUCACUUUCGCCUUACAUUUAUUCUCUUCUUUUCUCACUCUCCUUCACUUUCCCUCUCUGUCUCCUGUCCGCGUGUAUAUGCGUGUGUAUGUGCGUGCGUGCAUGCGUGUGUGCAUGUGUGUGUGUUUGUGUGUUUGUGUGUGUAUCCGAGUUUCCUCUUCGUCCUUCUUUUUAAAUAAUAAUAUAUACAUAAGCACGCGAUUUUCUAACGAGUCGCCUUUUCAUUUCGGCGAAGCUCUCGGUACGAGGCGAAAACGCGAGCGGAUGGAAAUUCGCCAGAGAAAAGGGAAGAAAUGACUCUUUCCUCUCUAUUCUCACACGAUCGCUUGUCGGCACCAGUUCGUCGGAUCUUCGAGUUGUUUAUAGUAACGCACGCGACACGUCGACGAGGCAUCACGCAAUGAGCGCGCGGAACUAUUCGCCGCUGCUUGAUGCUCUGAUCUCGCCGUUUCUCGAAAUGAUAGCGAACGGAGAUAAAAUCUAAGGAGAUAAUCUAUUUUUUAUACCGAAAGAAAAAAAAAAAGAAAAGUUUCAAACGCGCACGCCCCACGACGCCGUUCUCUGCCAUGCUGCGUCGCGAACGAGCGAAAAUACGAAACAAAGAAGAAAACGUCAAUCGUACAGGUAAAGUAUCGCGUAAUGUCGCGCGCGUUUGACGGAAGAUGAAAAUAUCUUCGCCGACAUAAUCAUUACCUGCCCGCGACGGGAUAAGAUUGUUAAUUACAUUUUUGCGCAUCUUACGACCUCUGACACGCGCGCGGAGUUCGCGGAAAUAUUUUUACCGGUACGGGAGAAGGUGUUUAUUAAGUUGUCGAGAGUGCCUUAGGCGCGUGCGGUGGGAAUCGCGAUGAUGCCGAAGGACGCGGCGCCGCCGCCCGCCGCCGCGUUCGAGCCCGGAGCUCGAGGCUCGAUUUCUGAUCGGAUCGCGGACGGCGAUUGUCGCGAGAAAUUAUUUCGCGCUCGCGCGAUCGCGAGGAACCUUUCCGUUCGAGGAAACGACGGCACAGAAAGAGAACAAUUAUUUGCGGCGGUCGCGUUGCGCUCGAGGCAUCCCAGACGCACAACUGGUGCUGGUGAUUUUGGUCCCAUAUAUCUAUGAUAUAUUAAAUACUGUAUGUUCCAUGAACGAUUAGGCUUUAAGACUUAGUUGCGUAAGUGUAUCGGGGACUCACGUGAGUCACCCUUAGAUUACUCCAAGAGAUUUCUUGUCUUUUUUUUUUUUUUGUUUCUCACACUCUCGUUUCUCGCUGCAGCGUAUACCGCGCGAUCGCGAUUGCGACGUCGAUCGCGGCGAUCCUUUGUGCUUUUAGUUCGUAAACGGCUCUCACGCGUCUCUGUACUUCAUCCUUCCUUUCACAUUAUUCUUGUUUAGCAGGCUUCGAAUUAACUUUCAGAUUAACAAAAACUUCAUUGCACUUCUCCAUUUCUAUCGCGCAAAUUGUCGGGAAAUUGGGGAUUCUUGCGUCAUUCUCUGUCGCUUUCUCUUAUACGAAAUACUUUUUUUUGGAUAUUUUAGUAAGCUUAUUUGCAAUUUUGAGUUACAAUACGUAUUCAAUACAAUUAAUAUAGAAUUUCACGAACUUUGAUGUAAUUAUAAGCGUAAGAGUUUUACUAACGUAUCCACGUUCGCUCACCAAUUGGUUGUAUAUAUAUAUAUAUAUAUAUAUAUAUAUAUGUAUAGAUAUGUACGACAUAAUACUUCUCGUAUUUGUUUUAUUUAUUUAAUCAAGUCUGUUUUAUAGUUGAGAUAAUGGUACGGUCUUGCCGUUUAAUAUUGAAAGCUCUUUGGCAUAGCAUUCCAUUGAUUCUGUGACUGAUAUCGGUACCGUUUCAGUUCGCUUGAGUAGCUCACGGAUUUAACGUCGAAGAUUAUUCUGCGGCCGUGCGAAAGUGCAAUUGAUGAACAAGUACAAUUACGUCCGUGCACUUGUUAGCGUUGAACUUGAAUCAUUCCGGCUCGCUUUGACCGUGCGACGUUCAUUGUUUCAGAAUCGUAAUAAAUACAUUAGCUACGUUGUUGAAAAACUCGAAGCUGAAACAUCGAUUUGCAUUUAUUUCUCAACAUUUUACAAUAAAAUAUUCACAAACUAUCUAUUAUUACUUUACCCGUACAAUGAUUUAUGAGAUUGUUGCUUGACAUGAUUUCAUAUUUGCGACGAGUAAUCACCCUUUAAUAACGACAUUCGAACUGCUGAAGAAUCCAAGUCCAUUGUUUCGAACGCAGAACUUAAAGCCAAAGACAAGGCAACGUGAACGAGCGAAUACCAGAUAAGUCUGUCAGAUAGGAAAUGAAUUUGCUCGCGUAAUUAGAUCGUAAAGCGCGCUUCCACGGUUGCUGGAUUUCUACGACGCGAUACAUUAUUUUUCAUACGGCCUGGCAUGGAACUCUCAUCAAAUCGGAAGUAGACCGAAACAGGACCUCAAAACACUAUUGUUUAGUGCAAUUAAAAUUAAUAUAAUUUUUUUUUAAUUAAGAAAAGUAUUACAGAUUUUACUCCGAGGCAUGACAAAUUAAUUCUUUUCGCAACUUUGAAUUUCCGAUAAAAGAUACUAUCAUAUCUUAAUUUAAUAACUACUUUGAUAGUAGUUUGAAUCGGUAUGAAAAAUUCUUUCUGUUACUUCACAAAAUUAUAUAAACACUAUGCAAUAAAAAAAAUUCUUUUCUCGAUAAAAUAAUACAGAGACUUUUGCGAUCGCUAAAAGUAUUUAUAUUAAAGAUCGUUUGCAGUCCGUUUUGUGCCAGGCCUUACCGCAUUCUAUAAGUUUAACGGUAGUUGGUUCUUUAAUUUCACGAUAAAGUGCAAAGGAGACCCAAAAGCAGGAAGGCAGAGAUUUAUCCUUGGUAGCUGCAUAAUAACAGAAAGAAAGAAUGGACGGACAUGACUAAACCUGAGGAGUACGAUUAAUUUUGUAGCUAGGCGAGAGGAAUGAUAAAUCCGGGCGAAGCGACGCAAGUAACAGGAUAGAUCCCAAUCGUGCGAUGUAACAUUGCAAUGCGGCCAUUUGUUAUAUAUAACUGACUGUUUAUUUAUUAAAUUAUUAAUUACUAACGAUAAGAUACAAUUGUAAGACUAGAGAUAAUGUGAAUAUAUUUUUCUAUACAGCGUUUAUUAAUAGACGUAUUUCUUGUUUAAAAUUACAAUAACUUUUUAAAAAUAAAGUAUCAAAGCUAUCGAUAUUUUCUAUAGCAUAAAAAUGAUUAAGGAAAUAUAAUUUAUUAAAACAAAUCGUAGAAAAAUUAUUCCAUUCAGCAAAUAAAAUCUAAAUAUUGUCAAAUAUUUAUAUUGCAUAAGAGGUACGUAUAAUCGUUAUCAAAUUGUUAUGAGAUUACUAAUGUUGGAGUUUAUUAAAACCAGUGCAAUUUACUUAUUUUACUGAAAAAAAAGCGUUGAAAAGUGAUUUAGUGAGAGGAAAUUGUGCUUCCAUUUAAAGAUGUGCAAAUCAGAAUUUUUUGAUACCGAAUCGAAUUGAAUUGAAUCGAAUUUAGUUUCUUUAUUCGAAUCAAACCGACAAAAUUUUACCCGAAUCGAAUUGAAUUAAAUCGAAUCGUUAAUUUGUCCCGGGAAAAAUUUUUUAUAUAUAAUUAUGUAAAUUAUGUGUAAUUAUAUAUAUUUUAAUAUUGAUAUAUGAACAUACUUGAUAUAUAAUUUUAUAUAAUUAUAUAGAGAGAGAAAUUUUUCCUAUGGUAACUUUUAAUAAACAUAAUUACUAUUAGAUUAAAUAUUAAUAUAUAAUAACAAAAAAUUUUCACGUUGUAAAAGAAAUAAUAUUGAAUAUAUAAUGUAGUCAUUUUAAAUAUGACUUUAUAAGAUUAUCAAUACAUGAUUUGUACUUGAACCUUUUAGAUUAGAAAUUUUUAAAUAGUUCGGAUUCGAAUCAUUUAAAUCCGAAUCAAAUCGAAUCGAAUCGAAUCGAAUUUUAUCGGAUUUGAUUCGAUUGAUAUUUGAAUAGUUUGCACAUCUUUACUUCCAUUUUUCCAGUGACUUUUGGCAAUCGGAACAUAAUUAUUGACGUUCGUGAGCGCAUUAAAAUUUUGUAAAUAUUUAUGACUAUAUGUAUAAAAAAGAAUAUCUUUUUUAUUCGAUAAUCGUACAAUUAAGACGUUGCUGAUUUUGUAUAAGCAGAGAUUUAAUUAGGAUUAAGCGUUGAUUUCCUACGUAACUGAUCUUGCACUGCAAGACAUUUUGUUAUGCAUAUAUUAUAUAUAUUUAUAUAUCCAUGUUCGACUGUUGUAAUGAGAUUAGGGUGGAUUGGAGAGUAUACGUGGUAAUAAUCGUAGUCAAGGCUGUUCUCAAAGCACGUUGGGAAAUUGACAUAAGAGAACAAUGCUAUCGAAAAUCUGUUGCGUAGUCUCAAGACAGAUUAAUAUUGAUUAUAGUGACUGGAACAUUUUAAUACAUUUCGCACAUGGACUGAGAUAAGUCUUGAUGAAAGCAAUAAUAUUAUUAUUAAGGAUACAUUAUUAUAUAGAUAUAAAUAUAUAUAUAUAUAUAUAUACACAUAUAUAUAUAUAUAUAUAUAUAUACACAUAUAUAUAGAUACAUAUAUAUACACACAUAUAUUUUCUUAUGACACAUAUUUGUUGCUGCCGACAUUCGGAGCGAGAUACUAACACAAAGCAGAGAAAAAUAAAACAAAAUAAAAAUUUCAUGAAACGCA